GUUAUAGGCUGAUGGUUUAUAAUUUUGUCAAGCCAGUUUUUGGAAGAAUUUUGGAAAUGUUUGUUGAACAUUCAAGUUUAAUUUUUUUUGUCUAAUCUUCGAUCUCGCGAGGGCCCCUUGGAACGUUGGGCCCGGUUCUAUAGAACCGGUAGAACCCCCCUUAAUCCAGGCCUGCUUGUAACUUUGUAAUAAUCAAAACUGUCAAGAAAAUGUCACAAGUGAAUCCCUAGACAACAGUUUUAUCAAAUUUAUACAAAAAUUUCUACCAUAUUCUUACGUAGGCAUUUUACAUUGUGAAUUGAAUGAGCUUCUACAUGAAACUCCGCAAAAUCCCAUCGAAACGCAAACCCUUAUACUUCCGCGGCACAAGUAAAACCCUCAAAAGACCCAAACGUACGCCGAAUAUAAGAUGCCAAAGGUGUAAUUGCACCGAGUGCCGGAACGGCCCUUUAGAAUUUCCAACGAUUUGGGAAGACCUGAGAGUGAACAAUCAGUUAUGCGACGGCAUCGUCAAGUGCGAAGACGGAGUCGUAUUCAACAUACACCGAAUAAUAUUGACAGCGAUAAGUCCGUAUUUUCGAGCCCUUUUUACGAAUUCAAUCAACAGAGGCCGGCCGGAAAUAAACGAAGCCAACGUCAGCGUGUCGAGUUCGGCGUUCCAAGUUGUCCUGGAUUACGCGUACACCGGAAAAUGUGUGAUAAACAACGCAAACGUUUUCGAAGUUCUCAAAUAUUGCGAUCAAUACGAAAUUCUCGAUGUCGUUCAAAAAUGUAUCCAGUUCCUUAUCGAUGAUUUAUCGAUCGCAAAUUGCCUACAAGUCUUGAAUUUUGCCAAUAGGUUUUUUUGCAGAUAUUUGAUAUAUCAGGGAAACAAGUACGUGCUUCAGCAUUUCGUGAACGUGUUUAGAAGCAACGACGACUUUUGUCGUUUGUCUCCGCAGCAUCUAAAAGAGAUACUAUCAGAUGACUACUUGAAUGUGAAAUCUGAAGAGAUCGUUUUCGAGGCGAUCAAGUGUUGGAUGAAUUAUUUACCAAUCACAAGAAAACCACAUUUAUUUAGCUUACUCAAGUGUGUCCGAAUGGGUAAUUUGUCUUCUGAGAAAGUUUUAAAAAUAGCUCGUUGGCCGAUAAUUGAAAGUGACACUGAAUGCACUCUUUACAUUUCAGAUGUUAAGCUUAUAUUAGAUGAAUUUUGCGAUGGCGUGCCGCAAAAUAUUUAUUUGACACGUCCACGUAUCCCUUAUGAUAUAUUAUUUGCUAUUGGUGGCUGGAGUGCUGGAAGUCCAACAAACUUCAUGGAAAUUUACGAUAAUCGUGCUAACAAAUGGCUGGUUUCCAAAGAUACUGACGAAGUAGCCAGAGCCUAUCACGGAAUUUGCAGCUACGAAGGUAAAGUCUAUUUAGUAGGCGGUUUUGAUGGCAACGAAUACUUCAAUACAGUUAGAUGUUUCGAUCCACUAGUUCACAAAUGGACCGAUUGUGCGUGCAUGUACUAUUCCAGAUGUUACGUUAGCGUGGUGCUUUGCAUGAAUAAGAUUUAUGCACUGGGUGGUUAUAAUGGUAGAAUCCGUAUGAAUUCUGCUGAAAGAUUCGAUCCUGUACGCAACCAAUGGGAAUUAUUACCUUCGAUGCAAAAACAGCGUUCUGACGCUAGUGCUGCAAUGUUCAACGACAAAGUUUAUAUUGUUGGAGGGUUUAAUGGGCAGGAAGUUAUGAAUUCAGCGGAAAUGUUCGAUCCAUCCACCAACCAAUGGUCUUUCAUAACUUCAAUGAAUUCAGCAAGAUCUGGCGUAAGCUUAAUCAACUACCACAACGCUUUAUAUGCAAUCGGAGGCUUCAAUGGCUACACAAGAUUAAACACCACAGAAAAAUUCAUACCAGAUCACACAUCCCGCUGGAUAGAAGUUUCAGACAUGAUGACACCGAGGAGUAACUUUGGCACAGUGAUUCUGGACGACAACAUUUACGUAAUUGGCGGUUUCAACGGAGCGACGACGAUCAACUACAUGGAAUAUUACGACAUCGAAGUCGACGAAUGGGUCGAAGCGGCAUCAAUGAAUUUGAAUAGAUCAGCACUUAGUGCUUGCGUAAUAAGCGGCCUUUCAAACUCGAAGGAUUAUUCGUUUUUGGAUCGCAGUCAGCAGCGGCCGAACGAAGAAUCCAAGGCGGAGAUUUAGGAAUUUUUAUAUUAAGUGCCGAACUUUGUGGCUUUUGUACCUUCUCGUGGUUGAUUGCGAAUAUUAAAAGUGAACUUUCU